AUGGACCCCCUUCUCCGGACUGCCAAGCAUUGUUUACAGCCAGACAGAUGUACAGCCAGUGAAGUGGUCGAGAGGGUGGUCAUGGACUGUUUACUCCGAGCUCUGCCGCCAGAAGAACGUAUGAUGAAUGAUGCCCGAAACCCCCAAAAGAUGCUGGACACGCUCAAUAGGGCCCUCGCCACCAUGGAGCUUGGCAGGGGUGAGUGGCGGGAGUUCCCUAAGUUGUUUCCCACCCUCUGCACCGGGCAACCAUAUCACGGGGUGAAGAGGCCACCUCACCGCCCUGUUUAUGGGACGCCCCAGGACGAGCCCAUGUCUACUGAGCCGGACCCCGCCGCCCCGAAUACCAAAGCGGAAAAAACCCUGGCUGGCCGGCUGCGCCCUACACAUGGCACCUUCACCCCGAACUCCCACAAUUCAAGUGAGGUUAAAUGGGAAGUCUACCUCUGCCCUGUUGGACACAGGAAGUACCUUCACCCUAGCCCAUACAUCCCUCCUACCCUCCCUGAGCAUCAACCAGAGGAAGGAACCCUGACGGUGACCUGUGUCCACGGGGAUGCUUGGGAAAUUCCAGCCACCCAAGUACGUAUUCAGAGUGCCGCGGGGGAAUGGCCCGUCCUAGUGGGGCUCGUACCCCUCCUGCUGGGGGUUCUCCGCCACAUUGACCACACCCAAGCGGCCCAGCGAGAAGCGCCGUAAAGCCAGGAGGCCGAGGGUCCGGCAGACCUACAUGGCCAAACGCCACGGAGACGCCAGGGCAACUUCAGCAGGUGAUGACCCCCCUUUAGCAGGAACAAAGAUGCGCUUACACCCGCCCAGCUCAACCCAGGGAGUUUAACCCAGGGGACCAAGUGCUGCUGCUCCUCCCCAGUGCCUUCUGUAAGUUCCUAGCUCACUGGCAAGGCCCAUAGACGGUCCUCGAGAAGAUGGGUACCAUGAACUAUCACCUGCAGCAACCAGGUAAGAAGGCAGACACACAGUUAUACGAUAUUAACCUUCCCAAAAAGUGGACUAACCCACCACCUGUGAUGUCUGCCUUUGUGAGCCUUACCACAGAUCCCCAAGGGCCCACCGAGGAGGUGAGCUCUCCACAGCCCAGAGCCAGGAUCUCUUGGAAGUGGUGGACCAGUUUGCUGAUGUGUUCUCCUCCACUCCGGGCCUCAUCCACCUGGUCUAGCAUGAGAUCAAUACCCCACCAGGAGUCGUGGUCCAUCAGCAGCCCUACCAUGUCCCAGAAGCCUGUCGUCAUGCAAUCGAGGAAGAAGUGAGCCGGAUGCUCUGGAAUGGGAUCAUUGAGGAAUCCAACAGCCCCUGGUCAAGCCCGAUUGUUCUGGUGCCCAAACCCAACAGGAGUGUCCGGCUGUGUAAUGACUUCUGGAGGCUAAACCAGGUCUCGGACUUUGACAGCUACCCCCCUCCUGAGGGUCGACAACCUAGUGGAGAGACUGGGGAGGGCCCAUUACAUCUCAACGCUGGACCUCACCAAGGGGUACUGGCAUGUAGCCCUCAGCCCUGAGGCGAAGCCAAUAAAAGCCUUUUCAACAUCCGGGGGCAUUGGCAAUUCCAGGUCCUCCCCUUUGGGCUGCAUGGAGCCCCAGCCACGUUCCAGAGGCUGAUGUACAUCCUCUUACGGCCCCAUUAACAAUACGCAGCAGCCUACAUCGAUGACGUGGUUAUUCACUCCUCCACCUGGUCCUGGGAGAGCUCCGGAAGUCAGGGCUGACCGCCAACCCCCAGAAAUGCCACCUGGGGCUCACCGAAGCCCAGUAACUGGGGUACCACUUUGGCCGGGGCCUACUCAUGCUGCAGGAGAAGAAGAUUGAGGCCGUGUGUGAGUACCCAUGCCCAACCACAAAGAAACAGGUAUGUGCCUUUUUGGGUUUGGCGGGAUAUUAUCGAUGCUUUGUGCCUAACUUCUCUUCGAUUGCCUCUUCCCUCUCAAAUCUUACUAAGAAGGGACAGCCGGACCGGGUGUGCUGGAAUCGGGACGCUGAAGAAGCUUUUGAAGCCCCGAAGACAGCAGUGACCAGCUCCCCAGUGUUCAGCAACCCCGACUUCGACCUCCCCUUCAUAGUACACACCGACGCCUGGGAGACAGGACUGGGAGCGGUACUGUCUCAAACCUUGGAGGGGGAGGAGCACCCGGUACUAUAUGUAAGUCGGAAAUUGACCCCCGCCGAGAAGAACUAUGCUGCCAUCGAGCAGGAAGCCCUGGCCAUAAAAUGGGCUGUGGAAGAUCUCUGAUACUAUCUGGCAGGCCAUCCCUUUGUCUUGGUGACCAAUCACGCCCCUCUCCAAUGGAUGGCCAGGGCUAAAGAUACCAACGCUCAGAGGAAGACUGUGACUCCGACGACGAACGGGUGCAUUUUGAAAAGCAAAUUGAUCCAGCUGAGGAUUUUCCUGCAAGGUGUUACG